GGCCACACCCCCCAAAGUGAAGCGACGCGCCGUUAUUGGCUCCGCCGCAGGGCUCCGCCUCCUGACCCGGAAGCGCUGCCCGGCGGGGGUCAGCCGGGACAUGGCGGCGCCUAGAGCAGCGACCCGGUGCUGGACGGAUCCCGGUGUGCGGUUCUGACCUCUGACCUCUGACCCGCGAUGACCCCCCACAGGCUGCCCGCGGCGCGCGCGCUGCUGCGGGGGGUGGGGGCGCAGCUCCCCCGUGCCCUGUCGCACGGCGCCCGCAGGGCCCCGGCGGGGCAGCACCGCGAAGACCCUGGUUCCGGUGCCCCCCCCGGCGCUGGAGCCGCUGCCCCGGCCGCGGAGGGGCCGGCGGCGGGGGGGGGGGGGGGCACCCACAGGACCCCCCCGCUGGGCCGGAGCCGGAGCCGGAGCCGGCGGGGGGCGGCCCCGCCGCGUUCGCGGCGGCGCUGGCGGCGCUGGAGCAGCGGCCGGGGCGGCGCGUCGGGCGGCUGGAGCUGGUGGCGGCGGCGCUGGCGGCGAUGCCGGCGCUGGGGGCGGAGCGGGACCGAGCCUCCUACCACCGGCUGCUGCGGCUGCUGCCCCGCGGGCCCUGGGUGCCCCGCGGGCCGCUCCAGCGCAUGUUGGCGCCGUUCCCGCGGCAGCAGGAGUGCGGGGUGCAGAUCCUGGAGCAGAUGGAGAGAUACGGGGUGAUCCCGGACGCGGAGACGCGGUUCCUGCUGCUGGGGGUGUUCGGGCCCCGCAGCCGCCCCGUGCGCAAGUGCCAGCGGCUGCUCUAUUGGCUGCCGCGCAUGAGCCGCAUCGACCCGCACCCGCUGCCGCCGCGCCUGCCCCCUCCCGGGCUGGCCCGCGCCCGCCUCGGCCUGCGGCGCAUCGAGCCCCACGCCGCGCUCACCGUGUACCAGCACCCAGUGCCAGAGGAGGGUGAUGCAGAAGGUUCCACCCAGCCCUACAUCAUCGGGUCCCAGAGCGAGGAGCAGCGGGAGCUCCUGGCCCAGCACAGCCCGACCCGGCCCGUCUACGUGGAGGGGCCGUUCCCCCUAUGGCUCCGCAGCACCCAGCUGCAGUACUACGUGUUACGGGGGGACCCGCUGCCCCCCAACCUGCGGGAGGAGCCCCUCGACCCCGAGCGCAGCUUCUAUUACCCCCUGUACCUCGACCUGGACCUGGAGCGUGGCCCCUGGGACGAUGAUGACUUCGACAUCGAUGAGGUGGAGGAAGGUCCCGUCUUCGCCCUCUGCAUGGCGGGAGCCGGCGACCGCCGCACGUUGGGCAAGUGGCUGUCGGGGCUGCAGGAGGAGAACCCGGUCCUGGGGGAGACCCCCGUUAUCUUCCGCAUCAACGAAGGGGGGCACCCGCACCCGGGACCCCCCCUCCCACAGCUGCAGCCCCCACAACCGCAGCGGGGACACGGAAACACCGGGGGGGACACCGAAACUCCGGGGGAAUAAAGGAGGCGACACCAUCGA